UAUAUUAUCAUUAUUGAAUUGGAUGUAUGCUGAUAACUAAAACAUUUAGUUAGAAGGUGUAUGUCCGAUUUUUGUUGCUGAUAAAUACAGAUAACUAAAACAUUUAGUUAGAGUGAAAGUUAAAUGUGUAAUGGAUGAAUCAAGAAAUGAAGAUGUAAUAUCAAGGUUAGUGCAGGAAAUAGCAAAGAAAGGGGAGGAAGUCCCACAAAAAUACAUCAUUAAAAAUGAUGUAAUAUCUUAACCCAUUGAUGCCUCUAGCAAUCUAUGGGAAGAAACUUUGUUGAUCGAUUUCGAUCUCAUUUCCACCGUUUCAUCAUCUGCUCAUCAAGAUGAACUUUCCAAGCUUAAUUCUGCUCUCAAAAAUUGGGGUUGUUUUCAGGUUGCUUUUUUAUUCAUAAUAAUCUAACCUUUUUUUUUUUUUUUUUUUUUUUUUAUAAUUAUUAUUAUUUUUAAUAGGGUAAUUCCCUAUUCCUCAUUGUGAGGAACAAGUUUUGUUCCUUGUGGGAUAUGUGUCAAGUUCACAAAGUUCCACUCAUGACACAUAGGCGGUCCCCACUAGUGAAAAACAUCACAUUAUUUUCCAAAAUGUCAUUAUGAGGAACAAAAGUGUUCCUCAUGAUGAAGAACUGGGGCUCCCUCUUUUUAAUGUUCUAGUAGUCGUAGAAAGAUCAUUAGGUAGUUUAAUUCGAUCCCGUGUUGUGAUUCAGUAACAUCACGUAUAUUCUCUAUCAAACAAAUACAAUGUUGUAUGUUUAGGUUACGUUGCGUUUAUUGGUGGUUUUUGUUGUUGUUAAUGAUCAGGUUAUAAACCAUUGUAUGACAAAUUUAUUUCUGGACGAGUUGCUUGAUAUUUGUAGGCAGUUUUUUGCACUUCCUUUAGAGGAAAAACUAAAAUCGGCAAUGGAAGAAGAUAUUUUCAAUGGAUAUGGAAACCCGGCUGUUGUGCUUGCUGGAGAUAAGCCUAUCAACUGGAAUGAUAGACUCUUUCUUACAGUUUAUCCCGAGGAUCAACGCAAGCUCCCAUUUGGGCCUCAGAAGCCGGAUAAAUUCAGGUACAAAUCGUGCCAUUAUUAUUGAUUUAAAUGUUUUAACAAAUUAAAAGUGGUUUUUUUCAUAUGCAAUUCCUGAAUUUUGCAGUAACUUUGCACUAAAUUUGACAUUAUCACAUGGCAGAUAUCAUUACUGUAUUUGAUCAUUAAAUAAAUGAGUACUAACUCAUAGUGUUAUCUGUGACAAAUCAUUGAGGAAUCAGUGAAAUUUUACAUGAAUUUUCACUAAAUUUGAGAAUGAUGUUAAAAGUCAUCCUUAAAGCCAUGGCGUGAUCUCUGGAAUUAAGAGAGGAUAGCUUUUUUAAAGAACAUGGUGAACGUGGACUCAUGGAGACAAGAUUUGGAUUCUAUCCAUCUUGUUCGCGGCCUGAUAAAGUUUAUGGUGUUCGUCUUCAUUCAGCUAGAUCCUCUAUUACAAUGCUUUUGCCAGACAAAAAUGUGCCGGAGAGCAUGCAUAUCCUUAAAGAUGAUAAGUGGUUCAAUGUUCCAGUCAUCCCGGGAGCUUUAGUAGUUAAUGUUGGUGAUUUUGCAAAGGUAAUGAGUAAUGGUAUUUUCAAGAGUGUAUUACACAGGGUGGUGACUAAUUCAGAACGAGAGAGGUACUCAGUGACUGCAUUCUGUACUCCAGAACCCCGAAAAAGAAGAGGGGCCGAUUAGUGAAUUGAUUAGCGCUAAUCAACCAGAACUGUAUAAGAAGCUGAGCAUGAAAAUUUACAAACUGUUCCUUGAGACCUUUCAUCAGGACAUAAGGGUGCUUGAUGUUCUCAAAAUUAAGCACUAGCAUCAUUGAAGAUGAACUUUUCCUAUGAGCUGUCUCUUUCGGCUCCUUGAGUGCAUCUUGUGUGUUUUGAGUAUUGUUCUAAAAUGGACAUCGUAGACCUGGUAGACUUCUCGAGGUUUCUAGUGAGCCAUUAGUUCAUUUUAUUAUCGUCGUGUGGCUGCUGUCGCUAGCCUUUUCAUGGUCACUGCACCUGAUUAUGAAAAUUAUGGUUGUACAUUUUAUAUGCAUUUGAAGUUUAUAGCAUAAUAUCUGGACUAGUCACUUGCUAAUUUGCUAGUGCGUUAGAAAGCCAUUGGAUUAGGCAUAGCACUGACCUAGCCCAUGGCAAUAGUCAGCAUAAGAUAACAACAGAUUAACAAGUUUACCUUUGAGAAUGUAUUAAUCUACUCGCAAGGGUAUAAUAAUUCUGUAUUUCCGGUUAUUUUUCUAAGAAUAUUUCAGAAAGAAAACGUAAAAAAAGGAAUACUUUUCAAG